AUGUUCAAAGUAAUAAUUUCAAAUAUCAUUGAGAUAAUUGAAGUUGAUAGCUUUAAAACCUCUACAAUCUUAUUAAGUCUAGCUUUCUUUUAUGAUAUAUUUUGAGUGUUCAUAAGUCCAGUAUUUUUUGGAACAUCUGUUAUGGCAUAAGUAGCCACAUCCAUAGAUUUACCAAUGAAAUUUAUAUGCCCUCCUUUGAUGAAAUCAUAUAAUUCUCCUUUAAUGAAAUGCUCCAUACUUGGCUUAGGUGAUAUUCUAUUACCAGGAAUAGUGAUCAAAUACAUUCUAAAAUUUGAAAACAUUUUAAACAAAGGGCAUUGUAUGUAUAUUACAUCGAUAAUUGGAUAUUGUAUUGGAUUACUAAUUUGUAUGCUUUCAUUAGUAAUAUACUAAUAAGCUCAACCAGCUUUGUUAUAUUUAGUUCCUAUCAUAUUGAUACCUGUGCUAAUAGUUAGUGUGAUAAGAAAACAGUUUUAUUCUUUGUGGAUUGGCUAAAUAUUUAGAUCUUAGAAAUCGGCUGGAGUUUAUGAAUUGUAAUAGAGUGAGUAAGUUUGA